AAUUGGUAUUGAAGAGAAGAAAAAAAGUAAUGAAUUAAGUCCAGAAAAUGCAGAAGAUGCAGAAGAUGAUAAAAGUAAUCAUAAUGAGUACUGUGAAUACUAUGAAAGUGAAGAAAGAGACUACAUCAAUGUUUGGAAUUAA